UCCCCUCAUCUGGGUGAUGAUUACUAAUCCAGCCGGAUCUUAUAAUAUCGAUGAAUCCAGCCCCGUGGUGUUCCGGGGACCCGGAGGAUCUCUCUUCGGAUACUCUGUACUCCUGCACAGCUAUGGCACUGAGAAAUGGAUGGUUGUCGGGGCCCCAAAAUCCAACCUGACCUCCCGGCCAGAUAUUUUCAGCCCUGGAGAGGUUUUCAAAUGCAAGAUUGGAGAUAACGUCAACGGGACCUGCGAGGCGAUGGAUGUGGGUGAACAAAAUGGGGGAAAGUGUGGGCGGACAUGUACAGUGGACCAGGAUGAACAAUGGAUGGGUGUCAGCAUGUCUAGACAACAAACAGAAGAUGGACAAAUACUGGUUUGUGGUCAUAGAUGGAAAAAUGUCUUUUAUGAAAAACAGCACAAGCUUCCACAUGGAAUAUGCUAUAAAAUACCUGCAAAUCUGCGCACAGAUUUACGGAGCAAAAUAUGUCCAUGUUAUAAAGAUUUUCAUUUUAAGUUUGGUGAAAUGCACGGUUCAUGUCAAGCUGGUAUCUCCAGCUUCUACUUUGAGGAUUUAAUCAUUAUGGGGGCACCUGGAUCAUUCUACUGGAUGGGCUCUAUUUUCGUGUAUAAUACUACAAUGAACAAUAUUUACACCUUUAGCAAUGAAAAUAACACCGUAAAAUAUGGCAGCUAUUUAGGUUACGCAGUUGGAGCUGGGCAUUUUCUAGCACGUGACAGCAUUGAGAUUAUAGCAGGGGCUCCACAGCAGGAACAGAUUGGUAAGGCCUACAUCUUUGCGGUGGAGGGAAGGAUGCUGAGUUUGCUUUUUGAAGCUGAAGGUAAAAAGCUUGGUUCAUACUUUGGAGCAUCUGUGUGUGCUGUGGAUCUCAAUGGGGAUGGACUGUCAGAUUUACUGGUGGGAGCACCGAUGCAGAGCACAGUUCGAGAAGAAGGGAGAGUUUAUGUCUACAUGAAUUCUGAAGAAGGGAGAAUUACAGAACUGGAUUAUGAACUUUCAGGAAGUGACCUAUAUGCAGCAAGGUUUGGAGAAGCUAUUACUAACCUAGGAGACCUAGAUACUGAUGGAUUUGAAGAUGUUGCUAUUGGAGCACCCCAUGAGGAAAAUUUGCUAGGAGCAAUAUAUAUUUAUAAUGGACGAGAAAAAGGAAUCACACGUACAUUCACACAGAGAAUACAGGGGAAGAAACUUGGCUAUUACUUGAGCAUGUUUGGCCAAUCUAUAUCUCAGGGACUAGAUGCUGAUGGAAAUGGUUAUCAAGAUAUUGCAGUUGGGGCAUUUCUUUCUGACUCUGCAGUGUUGCUGAGAACAAGACCAGUUGUAACCAUUGAUGCGUCUUUAAAACUGCCAAAUUCCGUGAAUCGUACAAAACCUGAAUGUGUGGAAAAUGGACAUCCUGCCGUGUGCAUGAAUGUCACAAUUUGCUUUAAAUAUGAAGGACGUAGUGUACCUGGUCACAUUGUCUUGCACUAUAAUAUCAGUUCAGAUGUUAAGAGGAAGACCGGCACUCCAGCCAGAUUCUACUUCUCUUCUAAUGGGACCAGUGAUGUUUAUUCAGGGACAAUUGAACUGUACCAAAAGUCUGCAAACUGUAAGAUACAUCAAGCAUUCAUGAGGAGAGAUAUAAAAGACAUCCUGACUCCAAUACACAUGGAAUCCCGGUACUAUCUCGGAAGACACAUAGUUCACAGAAGGAAUACAGAUGAGUUCAAACCACUUCUACCAAUUCUACAGAAGAAAGAUGGAUUAGAAAAUGUGUUACGAAACAUGGUUUCCUUUGCAAGAUACUGUGCUUUGGCAAACUGUUCUGCUGAUUUACAGAUCUCCGGAAAGGUUUCCUUCCCAGGAUUUGAAAACAAGACAUACCUUGUAGCUGGAGACAUGAAGACCAUCAUGGUUAACAUUUCAUUGUUCAAUGCUGGUGACGAUGCCUAUCAAUCCACCCUACAAAUGAGACUACCCAGAGGACUUUUCUUCAUCAAAGUUCUGGACCUGCUGGAGAAGCAGAUAAACUGCGCCAUUAACGAGGAAGAAAAUCAGCUGACGAGACUGGACUGCAACAUUGGCUAUCUGUAUGUUGACUCGCUGUCCAAGCAAGAAUUCUCUUUUCUCUUGGAUGCCAGCUCACUAAGCAAAGCAGAGGAAGAUCUUGAAAUCAAUGUAACGGUAAAAUGUGAAAAUGAAGUAAACGAGGGCUCUCUGUGGAACAACAAAGCUGUUUUCAUCAUUCCCACGAGAUACGAGGUCAAUGUCAAUGUACUUGGCUCAGUAUAUCCAGUAUCAUUUGUCUACGGCCCACCCCAUGAUGAGGAGAUCUUAUGCAUCAAGGAAACAAUAGACUAUACAUUUAAAGUGAUCAAUGUUGGACCAAGUCUCGUUCCAAAUGCUGUAUUUGAGAUUUGGCUACCAAACACGUUUGCUCCAAGUGACAUCAAGUUAUUUAAUAUUUUGGAUGUCAAAACUUCUACUGGAAGUUGCCAUUAUCAAACUGAUACAAAGGUCUGUGACUCACCACCUACUAACAGCACAAUAUUUAAUGAUGUAAUGGACUUCUUUUCAAGAACUGGGGAAAGGCAUUUGUACUGCUUUAGAGAAGAUCCAUCUUGCAUACAUAUUAAAUGCCCAUUUGGAGACAUGGAAGUUGAACAGGAGAAAAUUGUGGAUGUGAAGGUGGAAACAAACCAUGCUCUUCUAGAAAUGGAGAUUUCUUCAUUGCUGCAAUUUAUUACAUCAGCAGCCGUGACAUUUGGAGAAAACCAAAGAAUUAUCAAUCGCCACCAGCAAAAAUCUGCACUUGUCCUAUUAGAAGCCGUGCAUAAUCAGAAACCAAGGAGUCAUGUACUAUAUACAAUCAUUGGAAUCAGCUUAGUACCUGGACUUCUUUUAUUUUCACUAAUGACGUAUAUAUUAUGGAAGAUCGGCUUCUUUAAAAGAAAAUACAAGAUGCUUGAAACAGACGCAGACAGGAAAGAAAGUUGGAGUUUUCUAACACAAGACGAAAAGGAGGAACAAUAAACAUUGAUCAGGACUAAUAGCCAAGUUUGAUUUUCCAUAAUGAAUGGAAAGCCAAAGGAAAGAGAAUGGAGCUUGGGUCAGCUUUAGCAAAGACAAUGGAUGAUUUUACAGACUAUUUAUUGGGCUCUAACCAAGGUGUAGAACCUAUGAUACCUUCUAAAGAUGUUUAUUUCAUGAUAUAAAAUGCACUGGGGCCUUUGUAAGUAUGUACAUGUAACUAAGUAUCUCAGGAAUGUAACACAAGAUUUUUAUGAACACAAUAGGAAUGUAAUUAAAAUUAUUUAUAAUAUAACUUGAUGCACAGGUGAGUUUCAGUUAGGGAGAGAACUGAAGGCUUUACACUGGCUAGAGAAAUAAGAUUACAGUUCAGACUCAAUUGAGUAUCUCCAUGUCUAUGGUGGCAGUACCAGGCAU